CGUUACUUAGUACCAGCAACAACUUACCACUCGAUGUCCGUCUUCGGGAUGUCUCGCUCAGGGAGAAUAACGCUGUUGCUUAUUAUCGACAUUAUAUUUUUCUUCAUUGAGCUCAUUGCAGGUUAUGCUGUUGGUUCACUUGCCCUUGUCGCCGACAGCUUCCACAUGCUGAAUGAUGUGAUAAGCCUCGUGGUUGCUCUCUACGCGAUCAAGUUGUCACAAAAAAGUGCCAACGAUUCUAGAUAUUCGUAUGGGUGGCACAGAGCUGAAAUUCUCGCUGCUCUUAUCAAUGGGGUUUUCCUCCUUGCGCUUUGCUUCUCCAUUACGAUGGAAGCCUUGGAGCGCUUCUUCAGCACUCCAGAAAUUUCCAAUCCUCGCCUCAUUGUGAUCGUAGGGUCCUUCGGUCUGGCAUCUAAUAUCGUUGGCCUCUUCCUCUUCCAUGAACAUAGUCACGACCAUAAGACGUCUUUGACCCCAACGCGUUCUUCGAGCAUCUCUCAGUCAGAACAAGUUGUGGAUGAUGAUAUCAGUCCCCCGAGAAAAAUAUCUGGACGGCCUAGUAGCCAUGAGCAUGAGCGCUCUGACUCCUAUUCCUCGAUGUAUGGACACCCCAUUGCGACGCGUGCGUCCGUCGUGCAAGCUGCUCAGGACAUUGCAUCCCCUUCUCCGCAUACGAGGCGACUGAGCACUUCCAGCCACGUGUUCGACGAGCGCCUACCACUCCUCGGAUCCGAAACAACCGAAGCGCCACCUUCCAAGAGUAACGCGGUCCGCCAUCAUGGGCACGCGCAUGGCUCUAUGAACAUGCGCGCCCUGGUAUUGCAUGUGUUAGGCGAUGCCCUAGGGAAUGUCGGAGUCAUUGCUACUGGCUUGGUCAUCUGGCUUACGGAAUGGAAAUACAAAUUUUACUUCGAUCCUGUCAUCAGCCUUGUGAUCACGGUCAUUAUCUUUUCGUCCGCUCUACCAUUAGUCCAAAGCGCGUCUUUCAUUCUCCUCCAAGGCGUACCGCCGGCUAUAUCCCUAGACGAGGUCCGAGAAUCCAUUCUGAAUGUAGAUGGGGUUCUUUCCGUGCACGAAUUACAUGUGUGGCAACUCUCAGAAUCCAAAAUCGUCGCCUCGGUACACGUAAUGGCCUCACGAAACCAUGACUUCAUGCCUGUUGCAGCAGAAAUUAGAAAAGCUCUUCAUUAUCACGGCAUACAUUCUAGUACUAUUCAACCCGAGUACCAUACUUGCAUGUUUCCAGAUGACCACCUGAAGACAUCUACGGACUCAUCAUGUCUGAUAUUGUGUCCAGCGGAUCAAAACUGUGAUCCGGUAGAAAAUGCUUGCUGUCCUCCACCCCCACCAGGCGUUUAAAAAACGUUUACCAUGUGCGUAACACCAGUACCAUGACUAUUUAUGUGUUUCGAACCCUUGUAUGUAUUGAGAUCUUACACGCACUGGAGUGCGCGGAAUUGGUUCUGGCGAGUAAUGCAUGGCCGUGUGGAAGCCACACGGCGAGACGUAAUUAUAUUGUCGCGAGAUAGAUU